AAGAAAGAAAUCAGACAAAAAUUCAAUCUAAUGCCUCCCUAUAUUCCUCACCAUGUUCUUCCCCAUCUUCCUUUUAUGGCUUCUUAGCAUUCCCUUCUCCCUAAUCAUGGGCCAACCACCGUCGCCUCCCCCAAAUCUUCAAGGUUACUUCAUCAAUUGCGGUUCCAAAACCAACCUUGAACAAGAUGGAUUAACAUACUUGAAGGAUGAAGGCUACGCCCAUUCUGGAAACAUAACAACCUUAGAACAAACCGAUAUUCUACCCAUACUCACGACCCUUCGUUAUUUUCCCUACGGUCCUGGCAAACAUUGCUACGAGUUUCCGGUGAUCACAGGCAGCAAGUUCCUUAUCAGGACCACCUACUUUUAUGGUGGAUUCGAUGGCAGCAAUGAACCACCCAUUUUUGAUCAGAUUAUUGAUGGUACAACAUGGGGCACUGUGAAUACGUCGGAGGAUUACAAAAAUGGCCUCAGCUCGUAUUAUGAGAUCAUUGUAACUGCACAAUCUAAUACGCUCAGCAUAUGUUUGGCCUGCAAUGAACACACCAAGUCAAAAUCGAGCCCUUUUAUUUCUUCGUUAGAAGUGAUGAAUGUUGAUCCAUCUCUAUAUAAUUCAACCGAUUUUAGCAAAUAUGGCUUGAUUACAAUUGCUCGGACUAACUUUGCCUCCAAGGGUGAUAUUGUACGGUAUAAAACAGAUUUCUCAAACCUAUGCUUUUUUACAUUUUGCCUAAAUAGAGGUCUGAUCAUAUCUAGUUUUCCAGAUGAUCCAUUCAAUCGAUACUGGCAACCAUUUAUUGACAUAAACCCUACAGUACAAGCUCAUGUAAAUGUGACAUCGUCAGAAUUUUGGAACAGGCCACCAACGAAGGUAUUCCUCUCGGGAUCAACCACAAGCAGAGGUAAGAAUCUCACGAUAGAAUGGCCACCCUUUUCUCUGCCUGGCAGUCGGUAUUAUGUUGCAUUGUACUUCCAAGACAAUAGAAGCACAAGUCCUUAUAGCUGGAGAGUGUUCACUGUGUUCAUCGGUGAUGACACUUUCUAUCAGGAUCUCAAUGUGAGUACAAAAGGUGCGACAGUUUAUGGCACAGAAUGGCCUCUCUCUGGUGACAUAAAGAUCACUCUGACUCCGAGGAUUGACAUGCCGGUUGGUCCUACUAUCAAUGCAGGAGAGAUAUAUCAAAUUUUGCCUCUUGCUGCAACAACUCUUAGCAAAGACGCAAUGAUAUUGCAAAGAUUGAAGAAAAGCUUGAAAAAUCCACCAGAUGAUUGGAAUGGAGAUCCAUGCUUGCCUAAAGGACAUCCUUGGACUGGAAUAAGCUGUUUUGAAGGAGAUCAAGUUCGAGUUAUCAGUUUGAACCUAACCGGGCUCUCACUAGCAGGAACGUUACCUCAAGAUAUUGCAGGAUUGACUGCUCUAAAGGAACUUAGGCUAAGCAUGAACAAGCUUUCCGGUCCUGUCCCAGAUUUGAGUCCAUUGAAGUCUCUAGAAAUUUUGCAUCUAAACGAUAACGAAUUUGGGGGCCAAUUUCCAAUUUAUAUAGGCACACUGCCAAACAUUCAUGAAAUAUUUGUAAAUAAUAACAACUUUAGCGGAGGGCCUCCCCAAAGCCUGCCUAAUGUUAGACAAGGCGUGAUUGUACGAUUUUUUGGCAAACUUGCCAAGGAGAUACAAUUUGGAAGAUGGAGAUGAUUGCCAUCUCAAGAGAUAGAUACACGAGCAUAUAUUUACUUGAACGAAUUAAGAUCCUCUCAUGUUCAAAAGAACAUGAUAGAAAACGUUGGAAUUCAUGUAAGGGUCGGAAAAUACCUUUCAUUGCGAUUUGCGAGUCCCUAUUUUUAUUUGGUUAUGUAGUUUGUUAUGUACCUAUGAAUGUAUAUUGUAGAGACUAUAGACUGAUAUGCAAUUAGCUAAUACGAGUAGUAUGACUUAUUGACCUA